AUGAAUGAAGAAGCUUUGAAAGAGGAGGAUUGGCGUUAUAAAUAUCGUUCAGCUUUCACCUACGCUCCGUAUAAUGAUCUCGACAAAAUGGGAUACAAGGCUCCGAAACGUUAUUCAACUCAGAUUGGUCCACGAUACUGCCGGUAUUCCUACUCUGCUACUGGGAUAGAACUUAUGGAAAGAACGCCACCUACUGCACAUACCGCUGCCGUGGAAAGUAUUUUUGUUGUAUUGGCAUUUCUGCUGUUUCUAAUGACGCUUCCUUUUUCCCUUAUUUUUUCACUGAAGUUUGUUGGUGAUUUUGAACAACUUGUUGUACUCCGGCUUGGUCGAGCACAAAAAAUACGUGGGCCAGGUGCAACUGUAGUGCUACCAUGUAUAGAUACGUUCACAAAAGUGGAUCUUCGUGUGAAUGCAUUUAACGUACCGCCUAUGCAAAUAAUAACUUUUGAUCGGGGUCUAGUGGAGCUUGGAGCUACUGUUUUCUCGCAAGUGAAAGACGCACUGGCAGCAGUUUGUGCAGUGCAAGAACGAAAUCGAUCAACCCGUGUCUUAUCUGUUGCAACGCUGCAUCGUUUGGUUUGUAAACGACGAGUUAAUGAUGUCACAUCGAGCUUAGGUCGUAGACAGUUAUGCGAGAACCUUCAGGUUGAACUUGGCGUGCUCACGACUGCCUGGGGUGUUGAAAUCACUAAAAUAGAAUUAUCGGACGUUAAAGUGAUUAAAGAAGGCGAGAACAUGACUUUAGCUGCAUUCAAUAAAGUAUUGAAAUCGGAACUAGGUUCUCGAAUCAUUGAAACGGUGAAAGGAGCAGCACAGGAAUUUGUUGUACAACAAGAGCAAAAACGACAACCAGAUCAUCAGCAAAUCGGAAGUGAUACAGAAAAGGACAAAACUGAUUUAUUUGGAGCAGUGUUAUGCGAAGAGGACGAAUUAAGAUACGUUUUAAAUGAUUCAUUAGAAAAUUUGGAUAUUGACCGUUUGCUCUGUUCUUUAACAAUGGUUAUCGAUAAGCAAUUGGUCGCCUCUGUAGGAUAUAUCUUCCAAGUGAACUGUAUUGGAUUUGGUGAAUUUUAUGUGGAUUUAAAAAACGGCUCUGGGAAGUGUUGCAAAGGUAUCAAUUCGACAGCUGAUGUUGCUUUGUGCUUGAAUCGUGAGCUGCUGUUUAGAAUUUUAAAGAAAGAAGUAAGUCCAAUGCAGGCUUAUUUGAAUGGUUCCUUACGAAUACUGGGCUCAGUGAAAGCAGCUGUUAGACUAACCUUACUAUCGGAUCGUUUUAACUGUUUGCUGUAA